AUGCACUCGCCAGUCUCAUCCCUCAAGUCGUCCCCGCUGAGCUCCUUUGCCGCCGCCGUCAUCGCGGCGCUCCUCGCCCUCACGAUCCUCUUGCCGGUUGUUCGCACGAGCGUGACAGCGACGGCCUCGCUCGUGGUUGAGGUCGCUCGAGAGCACCAGGCCUCUCUCUUGGCUGCAGACGUGUGGACGCUCACCUGCGUCGGACUCGCCGGCUUCGCUGCUCAGCUGGUCGACGGUUCUCUCGGCAUGGGCUACGGCCUGACCUCCUCUUCCGUCCUCGUCGCCGCGGGGCUCAAGCCAGCGACCGCCUCGGCCUCGGUGCACCUGGCACAGGUUGGCACGACGCUCGCCUCCGGCCUUGCGCACCGCCGCGCCGGAAACGUGGACGAGGCGAGCCUCAAAAAAGUUGCGCCGCCGGGAGCGAUGGGCGCGCUGGCUGGUGCGGCGCUUCUCUCGUACACGCCGGCGGCGACGGCGCGGCUCCUCUCGGCGACUCUUCUAUUCGGGCUCGGCGCGAUUGUCGCGCUGCGCUUUUACCGCAUCGCGCCGCGCCGGGCGGAAGCAGCGGGCGCCCCGUCGGCCACCGUCCUCCGGCUAAUCGGACUUCUCGGCGGCUUCGUUGACUCGACCGGCGGUGGAGGGUGGGGUCCCAUCGCCACGUCUGGCCUCCUUGCGGGGAGCUCGCUGCCCCCCUGCCGCGUGGUCGGCACCACCAGCGCGUCCGAGUUCUUCGUCACCGUGGCGGCGGUCGCCGGCUUCUGCGCGACUCACGCCGGAGGCGGCGGCGGGCACGGCGCCCGCCUCGACCUGCUCGCCGUCCUUCUCCUCGGUGGCGUCUCGGCAGCACCGCUCGCACCCCGUCUCGUGACUUGCGCGCGACCUCGCAUGCUCGGCGUGUUGAUUGGAGGCUUUAUCAUGCUGACCAACAGCAAGACUCUCCUCCACGCGGCCGGCGCGGGCGAAUCGGUCCGAAGCUGUUGCCAGGCCGCGCUGCUGGCCGCCUGGCUCGCCGCCCUGGCCUCGGUCCGCCGCCACGCCGAUGACGAGGAGGCUCCGGCCGGCAAGGCAGGCCCGCAAGACUAGCGAGCAAACGUCGAACCCUCUCCUCCCCUCGCGCCUCGGUGCGGACGCGCGUGAAGGAUUCGUGUCGGGGGUUACUCAGUGGACUGUGAUGGAGAGGGGGGACGACACUUCUUCAGCGUUGACUGUGAAAGUGAAAGAAAGAAAGC